CUUGUGCGCUGUUGGUAGCAAACAAACGAGAGUAGCAAAAUGCAACAUCACGACACAAAAUGUAACCUAGCCGUUUCGGGCGGCAACGCAGCGCGAGAAUCAACAUGCCGAAGCAUGACAUGAACAUAUAUCUGUAUGUCCCUACCAGCUAACAUUCAUCAUUCCCGACCUCCCAACGGCGCACCUCUGCUGGCUCCGGACAGCCACCCCCCUCCUUGGGCGCACGCUGGCCCGACGCUGUCUCCAGCCCCGGCUCGCCUCUCGCACAGCGCCCUUCCUCACACCUAUCAUUCCACCGUGCCCCGGCCGCGCUUCAUGUCCCUGGUGGCCACACAUGGCGACGUUUACGUUCAGUGCGUACACGACAUGCUCGAGAUCAACAAGGCAGAUGGGGCUGGGUCAUCUAACCCACCACAUCCAGGGAUGACGCGGCGUGGCAGCGCUUCCGGACUCGGUCCACCGCGUCGUCACGGGAGGGUUCUGAGAGAAACAUGGCGCGUCUCCUUCUCGUUCUGGGCAUGCUGGACCACAUCUUUGUCUCGGACCCGGUGGCGCUUGAAGGCGCGUCGCGGGAGCAGCUCCGCGAACGGUUCACCGGUGGCGUCAGCGUGGUUAUCGUGCUGAGAAUCCUUGCCGGCCGCCCUUGGCGAAGGAGUGAACCGAGAUCCCCGUGCGAUGCAUGACUUUGUCCAGGUGGACGAGGACUCGCUGCGCCAGCAACAGCGUGAUGUCGCAGAUGAGUGGUGGACAGGGUCCUGAUGAGAUGGGGGACACGGGCUGCGUUCACUUUGUGUUCUGCGACGAGCGGCUCGACCUGGGCACGCCUACCGCGGUAUGAGGAGCACAGAGUCGGAGCGGGAUGAUGGGUCGUGGCGGAUGUUGACGAGCAAGAUGGUUAGUGCCCGCUUC